AUGAAUCUGAGGUGCGGAUGGCAGCCGGGGGAUGUAUACGCUCCUGUCAUUUUUGAGACGCUGGAGGAUGCUACGAGAGCAUACAAGGAGUUGGCAGGGAGGAAGCUUGGGCGCUCCACCGUCUGGCUAUCGUGGGAGAUGCCAAAUACCAUUGUCUACAUAAUGAAUAUAAAACCGAUGACAAAAAGUUACCGCAUUCUCAGUUUACUUCAAGGGUAUCGGCUAUAUGGGAAUUUGGUGCGGCGACCGCACAUGAUGAUUGCUGCCUUCCGGAACCCAGAAGAGGCGGAGAUUGCUGUUAGCCGGUUGCAAGGCACUCGUGUGGAUGGCGAAUUGCUUCAGUUCUCGAUAUUGCGGGGCCAGCAUGCUUCCGAGUUUGUGGGUUAUGAUCGCUCUCUGUCUUGCUACAUGUGCCUUCGCACUUUCAGAAGUGGAACUAGGGCAGUGUCCAUAAUUGCCACUCCGCCACUUCGUCUUUCUUUGGCAGUGGAAUCGCCAGUAUACUAUGAGCUGUCUUUUAAUCUUGGUGAAAACCCCCAAAUCACCCUUCACGACAGCCAGGUGCUACCUACUGUCACCUCCCGUGAUAUUGCUUUGAGGAUACGCUGUGCAGGCCAUACUGCAAUAAGGGCGGGGCCCCAGGGGGGGGCAAGCAAUUUUGUUAGGUUUAUGAAUGUCUUUCGGGAAGAUAUAUCGCGCUCUGGGGGGAUGAUGGAUGUUGGGGUUGUCCUAGAAGAUCCGCUUGAUGCGUUAAAGGUCGAGACGUUUUUUGGGGAAAGCGUGCCCCCGGCAUCACGAGUUAUUCCUGAAAUGGGAGGGGAGUUGCGGUCAUAUUAUGGGGUUACGGCCGGUGAAUCUUCGGGCGUUCAGGAGAACGGGGGGCAACGGGGCAAUGUCCUUUACUCAAGUGCAUUCAAUAAACCAGAGCCGUCUCGGAGGGCCUCUGCUGGUAGUACGUCUGACCGACCGAGUUGCCCAGGAGUAAAUGGUACGCCAUUGGGGAGAAGGGCGAAUAGGAAGUCUAAGCCACACGACUCUGCAAACACUAGGGGUAUGGGUGGUGAGAGAGUGUUGCCAAUAGGGUUGAUAAAGCCGGGCUGGCUAUCGCCGGGAUAUCCACCCCCCGACCCGAGCGGCGCUUCUGAAGUGUUUGCCUAUUCUGACCCACAGCCAAAGGUUCGGCAGUUUCCCUUUUCUAGUACUCAACCGCCUGCUUCGACUAUGCGCCCACUAAUAUUUGGUCAAUUCCAGCAGGGCCCACAGUUACUCCCGGGUGGAGGACAAAAGACCUUGACGGAUGUACUCAAGGGUUCUGAAAACAGCGAGAAAAGGGCUGGGGAUAUUGGGGUGGCGGUAGGGGCGAUGGAGGACCGGUGGGUCGAUGCUCUUCCGGAACGGAUGGAUGGAGAUGGCAAUGGAUUGUUUCAAUCGGAGGCACAUAUUAAAAGAUCCUCGUCGGAUUCGGCGUCUUCGUCAUGGUCGUUUCUUCACCGAUCGUAUAAUGGCCAGGCAAUAUCGUCGUCAUCCUCAGCGCCCGUCGGAUCAGUGGGCGAGUCGGUGACACAGGCUUUUGGUCAAAUGCAUUAUACGGAUGAUAGCAAUUCUGAAGCCACAGAGUCUGCGCCAGCGGAAAUUGUUGACCUCACCGUGGGUAAUGGUAAAGAGGGUGGAAGGUUUGAAAAAUCAGGAAAUCCGAGGAAAGAGAGGAGGAAGAUACCAAUAGUCGAUUCUAGUGACGGUGAUAGUCGAUCUGAAUUGGGGUCACGCGCGGCAAUGGCUUGGCGUGAGGGGUCAACGCGGAAAAAGAAGAAAUCAAAACGAAAGGAAAAAGUACCCUCUGAUGAGGGAAUGGCUUCGGGGAGCGGGGGGGAACAGCCGGCAGUCCAGCGGAGAAGGCAUAAGAAGGGGAAAAGGGGGAAGGGAAAAGAGAUUGCCCACUCGGAUGGGAGCAUGGAAUUCCAGAGCGACCAAGAUCGACCAGGUCCGUCAAACCCAAGGAAGGAGUCGAGGCAAAAGAAAAUUUCUAAGCAAGUGGAGUCCCCCUCCGGCUACGAGAGCCCAACCUCGUCGAAGAUAAAGAAGAAGAAGAAGAAGAAGAAAAGGAAGGCUGAAGAAGCCGAAGAAGUCCAAGAAGGCACCGACGUGGACAUGGACGCUUCGGACCCGCCGAGGAGACUGACCCGCAAAAGGCGCGGGGGUCGCCAAUUAUCGGUAUCUGAAUCCGAAGACGCCAUUCAACCGCUCAUAGAAGGCAUCUCGGAAACCCACGUCGCCCGCGGCCCCUCCACCUCCCGUCUAAAGUCCCCGGCGGAUACCUCUUCAUCCGAUCCCAAGACCAAAAAGCGCAAGCGAAAUCGCACCUCGUCGUUAUCACCCAUCCUGGAUCCUAUCCCACCACCGCCGCCAGCUGACCUCUCAUCCAGCCCCGCUCGGCCGGGCGAGUCCAUCGACAUGGCCUGCCGUCGUCACGAUAUCGAGGGGGAAAUCCACCGCAUCAACCUCCAGCAGCAUGAACUCUCGGUGCGCGAAUUAGACCUCAGACACGAGCUUGUGAAGUUGAGGUACCAGGCGCGUGUCGAGGCCGGCGCCCAGGGGUCGACGUACGCGAAUUGUAUGUGCUCUGCCUGCGGCGAGUACGGACAUAAGAAGAAUAAUCGCGCGAAGUGUAAAAAGCAUGAAAAGUAUAAGGAUUGGUAUCCGGAGCGCUAGGUGGGUAUGUGAUUGUAUAGUAGAUGGUGGGACAUGACUUCUUAAUGCUUUUUUAAAAAAUUUAAAUUACUCGGUAUCCGUAAAUGUUUCUUCUCCUCUCAUUCUAUUUCGUCUAGGGGUUGUAGUGUAAUUUAAAGGCCAUGGGAAUGAACGGGCGAUGUUAUACCAGCCAA